AUGUCUCAACCACCGUCCCCAUUCCCCCCUCAAUCGCAGUUCUACUCAUCCCAAAUGAAUCCCGGCAACCCCAACACACCUCCUCCGCCACCCCCCAAACCCAACAGCCAUGAAGCCAGUCGGCGCGGCACCCCGCAAAACAGCUCCGCGCACGCCUGGCAGCCAGACAACCAGACAGGCGCGCAUGGCGCAUACCCCAAUAAUCCUCAACAGCCAUAUCUCCCCGAUCCCCCAACAAUUGAGGAGGGCUGGCUCCCAGAGCUAGUGUCUGACAAGUCAACAACCGACCUCCAAGCAAUCCUCAAAGACCCAGCUCUUAUCUCCGCCUUCUCAACCAAGCACCCCUCCUACACAACCCGACAACAAUACCUCGAGACCCUAAUACACACAAAUAAAGACCUCGCAACCCGCGUCCUAGAGAUGCAGAACCACCUCACCGAACUCCGCGCCUCUACCGAAACAAUGCUGAUCACACAUCAGUCGCUGGAGGUCUCGUGGCGCAAAAAGCAAGCCGAGAUGGACGCUGCUCUAGCUCCAUGGUCACCGAAGGCGCUAUACCAGCGCUUCAGCGCGGCAAUCACAGAGCAGGAGGCUGUCUGCCAUGCUGUUGAGGAGAGUUUCCUCGAUGAAGACCAUCACGGCCGGGCGACGGAGAAGGAGAUUGCAGAUUGGGUGCGGCGUGUACGAGCCGAGGCAUCUAAAUUGGCGGCGAGGAAGGAGGCCAAGGCACGGUGGGAUGAGGGACGUGUUGGAGGUUGGCGAUGA